AUGUUACGACAGUUUGAAUGCUAUUUAAAAGCAAUAUCCAUACGAGAAACACUUGAAUCGUGUGAUAAACUAGCAAUUGCAAAUGAUUAUAAUUGUAUUGGUUGGUACUAUGGUUUACAUAAAGAAUAUGACUUAGGCAUUGAAUAUUGUACGAAAUCAACGGAUAUUUUUGAAAAAUUUUCUUUAACAGAUGAACAAGAAAGAUCUUAUAGUAGUGUUCUCAAUAGUUUAGGUGUAAUUUAUGAUGGUAUUGGUAAUUUUGAAAAAGCAUUCGAUUAUUGUCAAAAAUCGAUGAAAAUAUUAGAAAAAUUAUCCUCUAAUGAUGACAGUGCUAAUACGUAUAAUUAUGAAAUAUUUGCUAAUAUACAUUUGUAUAAUGGUGAACAAAAACUGGCGGUAGAAUUUUAUAAAAAAUCAUUGAAUUUAUUUAAAAUUACACGUUCACAUGAUAGUUUAAGUAGAGAACGAGUAGAAAAGAAAUUAGUAAAUAUUAAUUCAGAACAAACAAAUUUGAAAAUAUAA